UUAGUCAAAUUGCUUUAAACAUACAAAUUCGUCAAAUUAAUAUAUUUUAGCUCCAUAAAACAAAAAUAAUAAAACUUGAUAUGAUAAUGAAUUAUUAACAAAAACAAUGAAUUGCCCAUUCAGGAUUGAUAAUAUAUUAGAAUAUAAACAAGAAUAUUCAAAAAAGUGUGAAAAGACUAGUUCGAAGAAAAAUGAUUGCAAUGAUACUGAUAGAAAAAUUUUCUGGGAUACCAAUUCCUAUAAUAAGAGCAAUAUAUUAAACAAUUCUGCAAUUUUUUUUGAAAAUGAAAAUGACUCGAUUGGCAAUUCUUUUCAUUCAACAGACGUAAAUUUAUCUGAUUUAAGAACGGUUCUAAACCCAUUAACUCCGUUGUGUGAUACCGCACCUAUAGUAUAUGCAAAAUGGUUAGAAUAUUUGCCUGCAUCCUUAUUUGCUACACCGUAUCAGCAACAAUUAAUUGGAGGACAAGCAAAAAGAGUACGAAAACAAGGAUUUGAUCGAAAACAACGUCAAGCGUAUAGUGUGAAACAGUUAGAAAUGCUGGAGCAUGAAUUUAAAGAAGAUAAAUAUCUUACUGUAAGCAAACGUAUAGAACUUUCAAGAUCCUUGAAUUUGACAGAAGUUCAAAUAAAAACAUGGUUUCAAAAUCGCAGAACAAAAUGGAAGAAACAAUUAACUUCGCAUCUCAAAAAUGCACAGCGGCAAUGCUUUUAUCAUCCGAAUAUAUAUUUAGCACAUCAAAGCGCUUCUGGAGGCCUGCACAAUUCUGUGCUACCGCGGUAUUACAAUUCUUCUCCUUUUUGCUUUGUUAAUACACUUCCCUCUACAAAUUCCAUCUCUGAAACAAAUUUAUUUCAAAUUUCAAGCAUAAAACAUGUCAGCUCUUUUAAAAAGAAUUGA